AUGUCGACGUCUACUUCCGCCGUUCCAGCAUUUACAGCUGAUCUCCCGACCCUCCUCUCCCUUGCAGCCGCCCUCUCGCUGAUGCCCCUUGCCUUCGUCCUCGGCACCAGUCUCAUCCCCUCCAGCCAACUACGCAACCGCCUCCUUUUCUUCUGGCACGCCUACGAUGCAUGCACUCACCUCUUCAUCGAAGGUACCUUCUUAUACCACUGCUUCUUCAGCUACAAGCAGCUCCAACCAGGUGAAACGGCACCACUAGUCCAUGGCCCACCAUACUUCCUCAACCGGCCCGAUAGAGCUUACGGACCCGCGUACGGCGUUGGAGCUUCUGCACGCAUGUGGCAGGAAUACGGCAAGGCAGACGCACGCUGGCUGGGAGCCGAUCUGGGUGUGGUGUGUCUUGAGAUAUUGACCGUGUUUAUCGGAGGUCCGUUGGCGGUGUAUAUUUGCUACUUGUUGACCAAGGCUUCGUCGACGAGUACCCCGGCCGUGUCCAAGGCAAAGUAUUCUGGUCGGUUGUGGUUUUUGUGUAUCAGCUUGGCCGUGGCAGAGUUGUAUGGAGGGUUCAUGACGUUUGGACCUGAGUGGUUUUCUGGAAACUCUGCCCUGGAGACCAAUGAUCCGGUAUACCUGUGGCUGUAUCUGGUCUAUUUCAAUAUUCUGUGGGUUUUCGUGCCGCUCUGGGUGCUCUAUGUUGCCUGGGGGGAGAUGAGGACGGCGUUUACGGUUGCUGCUGCUGCUGGUGAGCGCAGUACCAAGAAGCUCAACUGA